GGUCAGCAGCUGAGGGAGAAGAGAGAGAGGCGGUGGAGAUCGAGAGGGGGGUAGGCGAAGCUUCUUUUCUGUGGUGGACUGAGCCGAUACCAAUUCCCAAUCCAAUCGAAGAAAGGCCAGGGCUUAGGGUUCCAAAGGAGGUUCCUUUGCAUCCAGAAGCGUACCAAAAUCAGAAUCUCGAGCACAUCUUACAAAAGCCCCUUUUUUUCUCCGCCUCACUAAUCCCUAUCUCUUCUCUUGCUGCUGCUCGUUAUUUUCCUUGUCAUGGAUCUGUUUCCCUACAUUUAUCCGAUUAUUGACUUACGAAAAGGGUUGGGAUAAAUUCUUCCAGGAAAUUGCUCUUUCUUGUGGUACAUUUCUAAUAAACACUUAUAUUUUGAAUAAGGAUGAGUUUGCCUAUCAAAGGUCUGGAGAACAAGAAGGAAGACAAGUGGAGCAUUCAAAGCAAAGCAACAACAUUAAAUCCCAAUGCUGCAGAGUUUGUUCCAUCUUCAUUUAAACCCACAAAUGAAAGUAACAAAUUUGAUGAUACUUACAGACUGGAUCUACCAGGAACUUCAAGGAAAGUGGUCCUGAAUAGGUCAGAUUCUACCACUUCACAUAACUCUGAUGACGAGGCUCAUCAAUAUUGGCGACGCCAGCUUCCGGAUGACAUCACUCCUGAUUUCACAACCACUGGAAAAGAUGAUUUUCCUGGUCUUGAACUACUGCCACUUGCAGGCUUAUCAAUAUUUGAUGAAAAUGGAGGAUCAAGAGUUCCUGAAUUGGCGAGCAGGCAGACAUUGCAUGCCCAACUUACCAACGGACUGACUGAUGAACUGGGAUAUUCUGAUUCAAUGUUUCAUGAAAAUCAAACAUCAGUUGCUUUCACGACCCCCGCUGAUGAUUCCUGGGACAAUCAAUUCAUAAAAGCUGGGCAGCAUCUGAGCAAUGGUUUGGAUGGUCACCAUUUAAAUGGAAGUUCUAGUGCUGGCUUUGUCAAUAAUUCAUUUAUUGAUCAUUUUAUUAUGGAGGAUUCUGCCAUCAACCAUGUGGAGUUCCUUGCAUUGCAAUUCCCAGGUUUUUCUGCAGAGAGUUUAGCAGAAGUUUACUAUGCAAAUAGUUGCGAUUUGAAUUUUACUAUUGAGAUGCUUACUCAACUUGAGCUCCAAAUGGAUGGUGGAUUCACACAGAACCCAAAUAUAAAGGCCAUGGCUACUCCAAAUCUGAAUGCGCUUGACUUCCCUGCCCUUCCUGUGGCAGAUUCUCAGAACAGAUUCACACCAUACAGUAGAGACAAUAUUCAGCAAACCCAGGAUUUAUAUAGGUCUCCUUCAAGCAUUUUUCGAGGCCCUCCUGAUUUCGCAUCUGCAGUUAGAAAACUUGCAUCCCAGGAUGAUGGUAUCUGGAAACACGAGAGAAAUGGUUCUGUGGAUAGUUUUGGUAGCUCUGGUGUGAACCCACAAUUAUUGACUAGCUCAUACAAGGGCCAUGGUAAGCUGGCACAUGAAAAUAAAUUGCAGGGUUUAAGAGCUACUCAGACAGGGCCAGCUUGGCUUGACACUGGAGAAGCAGUUGCAAAUAUAUAUUCAACAACUAGGGAAGAAGCUCGAGACUUCGCUCGCCUUCGAAAUGCAUGCUUUCAACAGGCUAGAGAAGCUUAUUUGAUCGGCAACAAGGCUCUAGCAAAGGAACUUGGUGAUAAGGGUAAGUGGUACAACUUGCAGAUGAAAGAAGCUCAUGCAAAGGCUAGAGAGACCAUAUAUCGUCAAAGGUGGGUUAUCCAUUGCUUUAACUUUCUGCUACAUAUUUUUUGCAGAUCAAUUUGCAAUUUUUUUUUUGGAGGUUACUUCUGUUCUUCCCUUUUUUCCCUAAUAUCUUGAUAUUCUUCAUCUACCUAUCUUAUUGUUUCAUCUUCUAACGGAUAUUGUAGCAGCCAUAGUUUCAAUAUCUUAUCCAUAUUAGAUGCUACUUCUGCUCACCCUCUUGGCUAAUUAUUUCUCAAUCUGUUUUUAUAAUUUUGAAACGAAGGAUCGCUAUAGAUGUGCCAUGAACUUUUGUGACUGAAACUGGUAUGACCAUUUUGAUCCAUAAUGUACCUUUUAUGCUCUUUACAUAUUAGCAGUGUGUACUACUAGUGAGUUCUGUUCAUAGAAAUCUCCAUACUGUCCUUCAGGGGUUUUAUCUGACAAAUUCGAACUGUUUGAGCUGGCUUUACGAAUCCUCAUGCUUGAUUUAUUUUUGAAAAACUU